AUGGUCGCGGCAUCCCCAUCGUCUUGGAUGUCAAAGGCAUGCGGCGAACGUUCAGACACCGAGUCAAGGAGGUCAUCCAGCUUCCUUGGUGUUGCGACUGAAUUACAAAGUAUGGCCAGCCAAUUACAACACCCAGAGUUGGUCGAAUACUGCCGGCGUCCAGAGACUGCCUUACGUACAUUGAGAGAAGCGCCACUAGCUGGCAGCAAAACCGAUGCGUAUCUAAACCACACCAAUCUCCAGAUGGGACGCGGCAUUCUGGCUUUAUGUCCAAAAACCCGAGGUUUCCAGUUAUGCAGCGGUGGCUCUUUGAUCCGGAGAGGGAAUAUCGCACGUGUGAUAGCGACGGAACUCGAGCGCAGCACGGAGCGGCCGGACAGACAAAGUGGCCCAAGUAUUGGAGGAAAAGCUAAGCUAGACUUCCUGAACCAAAUCAACCACACGGGAGCAUUCAAGGAAGGAAAGGGUCACGACGAGUUCACCCGAUUUCACCCUGGCCUGGCCGGAAGAGCUGGGUGGAAUGUGACAAACCCGGUUCCCAACUGGGAUAUAUCUACUGUAUUUUAA